UUGGUAAGCAUUUUUUCUUCUUCUUUUAAGGCACUUACGCUUAAGCUUAGUUCUUCAAUUGGCUUAGUUCAGAAGGCAUGGUUGACCGUAGCCUAUAAAAUGGAUUUCAAUGACAGCAGUUCAAAUGCCUGGCAGAAGAACUCUUCAGAGGGUUCACAUGUUGCCAUCAAAGAGAGUUCUACUGAGAAAGAUGUCUUUGUAAACCAUGCUGAGAUAGCUUGGCAGCAAAUGAGGAAAGAAUGGGUUGGUAAUCGGUCUAAAAAGCGGGAGAGACCACCUAAAGAUUCAAUUUUGAGCUUGACAACAAAUUAUGAGGACCUGCUUUUAUCUACAGAACCUUUUCAACAACGAAUACCAUUAACUGAGAUGGUGGAAUUUUUUGUGAAAUUAUGGCAUGAGGAAGGUCUCUGAUUAGAUGACAUAUAAUUCUAUUGUAAGCUUUGGUAAGAAUCUUGCACAGUUUUGUUUGUGCCGAUUGUUGUUGAGGCAAACUCGUUUGGUGGACAAUCCAUUACCAUUAGGAUUGAUUAAAUCAAGUAAAGUUGAUUCUCCUGGUAACAAAAAAUAGCUUCAUUGCAAUUUAAAUUUGAAAUGACUUAAGAUUUGGUAAUCAUAUUGUGGCUGUUGCUGCUGCUAAGAAUUCGUCCUUCUAAUGAAAAACUUUGUCGAACGGAUUCUUAAUGUUA